CUGGAUUUGUGAAGCACUCGAAAGGCUAUGGAAUUCUCAACUGGCGAUUCACAACGUGUCUAACCCAGCAACCAGCAUAUUUGGAGGGUACCCUCCUCCCUGGAGUACUUUGCGAUACUCAGGGGCUAAGGCCAAGCCUCACCCACCUUCGUCCUUUGUUUCGCUACUUAACGGCCCCGCCAUGGUAACCAAGUACGAGAUCUAGCUUGGUCCUUGAGGAGCAUUAAAAGACCAUAAGAACCUCCCCAUUCAACUGCGCUUUGUGGAAACUUAGUUCUUAUCAUUUCUGCCUUCCAUCUCAGCUCGCUUGACUCCCGCUUCCUUUCUCUAAUUGCCUCUUCUCUAUCGAGGUAUUGGACACAUAACAAUUUGAGAAAUCUCUCCUUCCAAUCGCUAACCCCCCCACAACCGAAUCGAACUUUAUUCUCCUAGACCGCCGGCAAGAUGUGUGGAAUUUUCGGAUACGUCAACUACCUGGUGGAGAAGGACAGAAAAUUCAUUCUUGAUACACUUGUGAAUGCCCUGUCCGGUCUCGAGUACCGUGGUUAUGAUUCCGCCGGUCUGGCCAUCGACGGCGACAAGAAGAACACAGUCUUGGCCUUCAAGGAGGUCGGAAAGGUCGCCAAGCUCAAGGAGCUCAUUGAGAACGAGAAGCCAGAUUUGACCAAGGUUUUCGACUCACAUGCCGGUAUUGCACACACAAGAUGGGCGACACAUGGUCCCCCUUCCCGCAUGAACUGCCACCCUCACCGAUCUGAUCCCAACUGGGAAUUUGCUGUUGUCCACAACGGUAUCAUCACCAACUACAAGGAGCUGAAGACCCUCUUGGCCACCAAGGGCUUCAAGUUCGAGACAGAGACCGACACCGAGUGUAUUGCAAAGCUCGCCAAGUACAUCUACGAUCAACACCCCGACCUCAGCUUUGUCGACUUGGCCAAGUCGGUCAUCAACGAGCUCGAGGGCGCAUACGGUCUGCUCAUCAAGUCCGUCCACUACCCCCAUGAGGUCGUCGCUGCCCGUAAGGGUUCGCCCCUCGUUAUUGGUGUCAAGACCCAGAAGCGCAUGAAGGUUGAUUUCGUCGAUGUCGAGUACUCGGAGGAGGGCGCUCUCCCCGCCGAGGCCGCCUCUCAGAACGCCGCUCUCAAGAAGACCUCGGGCAACUUCUUGACCCCCAACGCCGCUAUGUUGACUGCCCCUGACAAGUCUCUGCUCCACCGCUCGCAAUCUCGUGCUUUCAUGACCGACGAUGGCAUGCCCAUGCCCGCCGAGUUCUUCCUUUCCUCCGACCCUGCUGCCAUUAUCGAGCACACCAAGAAGGUUAUGUACCUUGAGGAUGACGACAUUGCCCACAUCCACGAGGGUUCCCUGAACAUUCACCGUCUCAAAAAGGCUGACGGUAGCUCCAACGUCCGAGCUAUCCAGACCUUGGAGCUUGAGCUCCAGCAGAUCAUGAAGGGCAAGUUCGACCACUUCAUGCAGAAGGAGAUUUUCGAGCAGCCCGAGUCCGUCGUCAACACCAUGAGAGGUCGUCUCGACGUCGCCAACAAGACUGUCACGCUCGGUGGUCUUCGAUCAUACCUUGCGACAAUUCGCAGAUGCCGUCGCAUCAUCUUCAUUGCCUGCGGUACGAGUUACCACUCCUGUAUGGCCGUUCGGGGUGUCUUUGAGGAGCUCGCAGAGAUCCCCAUCGCUGUGGAGCUGGCAUCCGACUUCCUUGACAGACAAGCCCCUGUAUUCCGUGACGACACUUGCGUGUUUGUCUCUCAGUCUGGCGAGACUGCCGACUCCCUGAUGGCUCUCCGAUACUGCUUGGAGCGCGGUGCCCUUACUGUUGGUAUCGUGAACGUUGUUGGCUCCUCCAUCUCUCUGCUCACACACUGUGGUGUCCACGUCAAUGCUGGCCCCGAAAUUGGUGUAGCCUCCACCAAGGCCUACACGUCGCAAUUCAUCGCCAUGGUCAUGUUUGCCCUGUCUCUCAGCGAGGACCGUGCGUCCAAGGCCCAGAGACGUGUCCAGAUCAUGGAGGGUCUUGGCAAGAUCUCUGAGCAGAUCACGCAGAUCCUGGAGCUUGACCAGCCAAUCAAGGAGCUUUGCCAGACCUUCAAGAACCAGAAGUCACUGCUGCUUCUUGGCCGUGGCAGCCAGUUCUCCACCGCCCUCGAGGGUGCCCUGAAGAUCAAGGAAAUCUCCUACCUUCACUGUGAGGCUGUCAUGUCUGGUGAGCUCAAGCACGGUGUUCUGGCUCUUGUCGACGAGAAUCUCCCCAUUGUCAUGAUCUUGACCCGGGACGACCUCUUCAAGAAGUCGCUCAACGCCUAUCAACAAGUCACUGCACGUGGCGGCAAGCCUAUCGUCAUCUGCAACCCUAACGACGAGGAGUUCAAGAACAACCUUGCUGAGAAGAUCGAGGUCCCCAAGACUGUCGAUUGUCUGCAGGGUCUUCUCAAUGUCAUUCCUCUGCAGCUCAUGUCCUACUGGCUGGCUGUCCAGGAGGGCUUGAACGUCGAUUUCCCUCGCAACUUGGCCAAGUCUGUUACUGUCGAGUAAGCAAUUUAAUGUAUGAUUAGCAUUUGGUGGUUAUUACGACCGGAGUUGGCAGUAAAAAUAUUAAAAAAAAGAGGUAAUACGCAGCGACGGUCAAUUGGUGUAUCUGAUCGUUAGUCCAGCGUAGAGAUGGACUGGAGUGGGCAUUGGCCAUUGGGCCAUGGACCUUCCGUCAUUGCCCUUUGACGCGGCAAGUUACGAAUUGAUCGGAGGACAUGUGGCCACAAGCCGCCAAAAGAGCAGAUGAUUGUAUUACGACAUAUCCCAUACAGAGAUGCGCAGCCGCAUCCGAGGCAGUCAUAGAAUAAAAUAAAAUGAACUGAUAACGAAAA